UAUACGGUCACGUUGGGUGUAUCUGCUAACUGUUUAUUUACGGAACAAUUUUUUUUCAGCUUGUCCCAAUUUUGCCAUGGUGUCGUCUGUUACAUGCUUCCACGUUGGACGUGUAGGGUAUGAGGCAGCCUGGCAGUUACAAAAAUCUAUCGUACGGGUUUUGAAAUCGUCCAACAAGAAUGUAUUCCCACACACAAUUCUUCUCUUGGAACACAAUCCCGUCUACACAAUCGGCGUUCGAUCGAAGGACCCAGCAAAUGAUUAUUCGGAUGUUGGAAUCGCAAGACUCAAGCAUUUGGGAGCCGAUUUUGUAAAGUGCGCUUACUCUGAUUUUCCGGAUGCUUUUUGUCACUAGAUUAAUUAUGCUUUUGAGUUUUAGGAGCCGUAGCACAAACCGUGGAUCUUGACCCUUAAGCUAGAAGAACUAUUCUAACGACCUUCAAAACUCAUGCUCAGUUGUAGUCUUAUGGUUUGUUAUAUUACGUACAAGCCAUGGUAUUCUGAAUAUGGAAACUCCAGACCAGUGCGAACGUCAAACCUGGAAGAAUAUACAGAGCACUAAGAAGAAAAAGGGUUCCACUUGGAAGCGUGCCGUCAGUGGUUUGUCAGUCAGACGAAAUGAUCUCCAAAGUGUAUAGGAAUGUUUGGCUUGGAAAUACAUUUGCCAGGAGAAACGGCUCAAGGAAGAACAAAUAGCGCUGAAUGCUCUUCAGGUCAAGACCUCAAGUGCAAGGGAUCCGUCCUAGAGAGUCGGAUGUGAAGACUACUCCCAAGAAAUAACACUCGGCGCCAUGUACCUCGUCGACUCACUGUGACCUUAGGAAGUCCCAGUCCAACAACUGCCUUGGCAGAUUGAGCAAAGUAGUACCUCGAUAUAAAACGAUCAUCGAUUCGUGAACUACCGAUUGGACGUGGUCUGAGAUGACCAGAUAUCUGGGUACUCCCUAUCUGGAACCGCCGGCAAGUAUCAUUCAACCCUCAAGAGGACAGGACAAUAGGAGGUUGCGUUUUGUUAACCUGGCCGGGUAAUAGAUGAUUAUUCGUACGCAGUUCAGUCAAGAUUUUCGCUUAUAAACAGUCACAUAAGGAUAUAUGAGACAACCAUAUUCACGUUGUUAUGUAAGCUUACCGUUCUUAAAUGCUGUGCCCUAAGACUUUUGAUAUAAAUCUGUCCAAUAAAACUCCCCUAUAAUUAGUAAGAUAAUGCAAUGCUAACAUAGUAUAGCGUUAACUACGUUUCUAGGGGCCGCUGUAAUUAUAUUUUAAAGAACCUACUCAUACGUUGACCGCCCAUUAAUGAAAUUUGCAUCUUCCUCGCAGCAUUAAAUGCCUUUCAGAUAGUCUUUUUGGUUAAAAUUACUCAUGUUGAUCGCAUAAAAAAGAAAAAAAUGGUGCCGGAUCAAUUGGUGAUACCUACUCCUGUGUGACCAACGUCCCUUUAGAGAACAUUUGUUUUAGGGUAUCCUUCUUCCAUGCGUCCCCAACUAGGUCACCUGUAUCAAACGUCUGUGCGUUUACUACGUUUCCUUCCCAAGGACGGACCGCGGAGGCCUUAUAACUUACCACGGUCCGGGGCAGUUGGUGGCUUACCCGAUCAUAAACUUGCGCUGUCGCACUCUUAUUGGUAGUGGCCUUCGGUGGUACGUUGGCGCCUUGGAGCAAGCGGGGGUAGCUUUGUGCAAUAACUACUUUGGACUUCAGGCUGCUUCAGGAGGGCGCGGUGAUAUUGGCGUGUGGCUGAGUCCAUCGAAGAAAGUCAUGGCUGUCGUUUGUUUUAAGCAGACAGUAGGCGUUCACCAAAGUGAAUCCGUUACCUACCAUGGGAUUGCAAUAAACUGCACGAAUGAGCCGCUGCCAUGGCUACGUGCUGUGGUUCCAUGCGGUCUCGUUGGUCGUGAUGUGACUUCGCUUAGUGAAGCUUGUAACAAGGAAAUCUCAGUGGACACUGUAGUUCCCCUUCUGGAGAAGUGUCUCAUCGAUUCCCUGUUCGGUCCCUGCAGCAUACGAAACAAAAAGCUAUACAUCUCCUACAACCAUGAAUUUUUCAAUGAUUGGGCAGGCUCUGCACGCGGAAGAAGCACCUCUAUCCGUUUGUGGCCCGAAGUUGCGGACCUUAUCAUAGCAGAAGUGCAGUCUCGAACUGACCGUUAGUUCAUUCUUACAACCUUGUAUAUUUAUGUAAAAAUGAUCUGAAGAGCAAGUCGUCAGAAAACAAACUUUUGUUUUCUCCCUUCCUUACAACAUAUUUCAUUAUUUUUUACACGAAGUGCGGUGAUAGUCUUGUCUGUGGUACAGUUCUUUUCACUUGAGUACAAAGAUAAUUUUACUGUCGGGUUUUUACCAUCUACUGCCAUCUGGUCAUGAAGAUGGCAGAUGAAUUUUGCCGACGAACUAUGAAAUAUGAAACUUCAUUAUCGUCACUUGUAUCAACAAUUGUGAAGAAGAAUGGUACUUUACUGCAUGGUCUUGAUCAACGAAAAACCCAGCAUUCAGUCAAACCGUCUGGACAGCAUGAACGCUACUGAUAUUCCUUGGCAACCAUAGCUGUCGGUGUCUUCGGCCAACCACAGUGAGGUCACAUUGGGCUAAAUUGGGGUCCAGUCAAUCCGCUUUCUGGGAUAAGCUGCUCAUGUACGAUCUCAUUCUGUUUCGCUUUGUCCGUACAGCCCCCUAUAAAUAAU